AUGGUGGAAGGGAACUGUAGUGCGGUGAUUCAAAGAAUCCUUCCACCCAAGCAUAAGGAUCCGGGGAGUGUCACAAUCCCUUGCUCUAUUGGUUCAGUGUCUGUUGGUAAAGCUCUCAUUGAUUUGGGGGCGAGUAUAAACUUGAUGCCUCUCUCCAUGUGCAGGAGGAUUGGAGAGUUGGAGAUUAUGCCAACUAGAAUGACACUACAGUUAGCAGAUCGUUCCAUUACCAGGCCUUAUGGUGUGAUUGAAGAUGUUCUGGUUAGGGUGAAGCAUUUUACUUUCCCUGAAGAUUUUGUAGUAAUGGAUAUUGAAGAGAACACUGAAAUUCCCUUGAUUUUGGGUCGUCCUUUCAUGUUAACUGCCAUUUGCGUGGUAGAUAUGGGAAAGGGUAAAUUGGAAAUGAGAGUGGAGGACCAUAAAGUUACAUUUGACUUAUUUGAGGUGAUGAAGCACCCAAAUGAUCACAAGGCCUAUUUUAAAGUAGAAAAGGUGUGCAGUCCUCACUUGAAAAAGCAUUGA